AUGAAUACCGAGAACGGUACCACUGGAAUUUACCCUGAUAUCCAUAAGGAGACACCAAAGUCGCCUUCGAAAACCAUCAUGGAUCACGGUCCGGAAGACCUAGCCCUUCUGGUGAAGGCAGCUGACUUUGCAGCCAGACGGCAUCGUCAUCAGAAAAGGAAAGAUCAUGCUGGCACACCGUACAUUAAUCAUCCUAUUGGCGUCGCUUACAUCUUGACAAACGAAGCAAAAGUGUUUGACGUAAUCACUUUGGUUGCUGCGAUACUUCAUGACACUGUUGAAGACACGAAGACGACUUUAGAAGAAGUUCGAGAACAUUUUGGACAAGAGGUACGGUUUCUGGUGCACGAUAUUGUCAAGGAGUGCACUGAUGACAAGUCGCUACCCAGUGAAACGAGGAAAAGAAUGCAGGUGGAAAAUGCACCCCACCACUCACACAAAGAAAUCGUGCAUUUGGCCGAUAAACUCUACAAUUUGCGCGAUUUAGAGCGCGGAACACCAUUGGGUUGGGAUCGAAGAAGAGUUCGCGAGUAUUUCAAGUGGUCUAAAGAGGUGGUUUCUGGUCUCAAGGGAACGAAUGAAAACCUGGAAAUACUACUUGACGACGUAAUCAAUAGAAAUCUCAAGUAG